AUGGGUUCGUACGUAGCACAUUCUACAAUCGUGAAGAAUUGGAGAGAGCAUCCUCCUUCUUCUUAUUCCCUCAAGAUUGACAAACUCUCCCAAUUUAAUCUCAACAAAUACGAAUCCCGUCGAUUCUUGUCCGGUGGAUACAACUGGAGAUUAGCUAUAUUCCCAAAAGGAAACAAAGCUGACAACGGAAGUGGGUUUAUUUCAAUGUAUGUGGAAAUAGACAGCACAAACCUCGUGUCCAGACCACCUACUGAGGUGUUUGCAUAUCUCACCUUCUUGGUCUAUAGCAAGAAAGAAAACAAAUACUUAUCUAUCCAUGUGUGGGGAUUGUCGCAAGUUCUUCCAUGUGAUACAUUCAAUGACCCUAAAAAAGGAUUUAUCUUCGAUGGAGAACAAUGUGAGUUUGGUGUUGAUGUGAUGGUUGUUUCACCCUUUACCAAGUGGGAAGUGGCCUCUUUUAAUAAGACAUUCGAUUAUCCCAAGUUCUCUUGGAGUGUCAAGAAUUUUUCUGAGUUGAAUGAGAAAAGUUACUUCUCAAACAGAUUUUCAAUGGGAGGAAGAAAAUGGACUCUAAGGUUGUAUCCGAAGGGUGAAAAAGCAGCAGGUGGAAAAUGGCUAUCCUUUUAUCUGAAGUUAGAUUACGAUGAAACCCUAACGGCGGAUGAAAAGAUUUAUGUACGAGCGCAUCUUCGAGUAAGAGAUCCACAAGGUUCCAAUGACAUUACAGAUACAAGUACAUUGACAAUUGGUAACAGGAGUCGGGGCGGAGGGUGGGGUAUUAUUCGAUUCUUGUCUUUAGCAAAACUUCGGAGGGCUUAUUUGGACAAUGAUGACUCAUUGAAUGUCGAGGCCGAAUUUGAAGUUGUUUCUGAGACCAAAUACUCUCCCGUUGUCUAG